UGGACUCAGUUCUCCAUAUGAAACUGCUGCCCAAUCUUAUUACCCCCUCUAGUGGAAGGAUAGGAUGGCGGCUGCCCAGCUCUGUUUGAGAAUUAGAUCUCAUUGAUUAAGGUCAAAACAGGCCUGCGUAAAUCGUUAAUACAAAUAUAGCCUACCGUAGGUCUAUAUGCAAAUUUCAAUCAAUAUAUCAACAUGGGGAGAAAAAACAAAGAGACUAGGAAGCAUGUAUUGUUAUUACAGUUAAUUUAUAUUAAAUCACAUUUUGUUCUCCUCUGUGAUGCAACAACUUACGUCUCACAGCACCAACACCAAUCCAGACCGUGCAACCACGUCACGGGCGCGCACCUGUAUAAAUCCAGACUGUCACAGAGACGCACCAUGCAGACGAAGUGAAGUGGCAAGAUGCCCCAACGCAGCUUAUUCCUUUAACAGGAUCAAAUUAAUUAGGUCUUUCAUAAAUGAGCGGACCAUGUUGACAUGCUAUUAGGAGACGCCAAGAGUCAAGGUGCCGGCAACAAUUUGCUCUAUUUUAGGAGAUGGACGACGUGCUUAACCAAAGUAGAACAAUGAACAGAACUUCACCCGGAGGUGAUCCAUUCGGCAGUCUCGAGGACAUUGAUAUGACUGCCGACGGGAGCCCUAUCCUCCGGAUCGUCAUCUCCAUCGUGUAUUCUGUGGUUUGCGCGGUGGGUUUAGUCGGGAACCUGUUGGUCUUCUUCCUGAUGAGGUUAAGACAAGGUCGGAAGAAGUCCAGUAUAAAUUGUUUCGUUAUUAAUUUGGCGGUGACUGACUUCCAGUUCGUGCUUACUCUGCCUUUCUGGGCAGUGGACACCGCGCUGGACUUCAGCUGGCCGUUUGGCGACGCCAUGUGCAGAAUCAUCCUCACGGUCACCGUCAUGAACAUGUACGCUAGCGUCUUUUUUCUAACGGCCAUGAGUGUGACCAGGUACUGGUCUGUCGCCUCAGCCCUGAAAAACCGAAGCUGCCGGGCGUCUGGAUCCGCCAAAUGGGUGUGCGCCGUGCUUUGGGUAUCCGCCACAGUGGCCACGGCGCCCACAACCAUUUUCUCCACCGUGACAGUCGUAGCAGGGGAAAAAUUAUGUCUUCUCAGGUUUCCAGAAGGACAUGACUGGCUGGCGCUCUACCACAUUCAGAAGAUCCUGGUCGCGUUCAUCAUCCCGAUGCUCGUGGUCACGGUGAGCUAUUUAAUGCUUUUACGCUUCAUCCGUCAGAAAACCAUGCGCAACAACAACCCAAAACGAAGGUCUAGAGUCACAAAAUCUGUCACGAUAGUGGUUUUAUCUUUCUUUCUUUGCUGGAUGCCCAACCACGCCAUCACACUUUGGGGGGUGCUGGUGAAAUUUAACGCUGUCAACUGGGAUAAGUCCUACUACAUGGUGCACACCUACGUUUUCCCGGUCACCGUCUGCCUGGCGCAUGCGAACAGCUGUCUGAAUCCAGUACUAUAUUGCCUCAUCCGACCCGAGUUUCGGAAGAUUUUACGGAAUCUAUUCUGGAAACUCCAAACUCCGUCCAUAAAGAAAGAAUGCGCAUUACGCACGCUGUCAGGGAAGUUCCGCGCGCCGUACGAGGAAACCCACGAAGUUAUUCCGCUGCAAACCACGGACAACGGACAGUUCCAACUGUCCAUCCUAGACAGAAAAGGGUUAUCCUGCUCGAUCUCGUCCAACACUUGAAAUUUGUCUGCUGGUAAAAGACUUGCGAGUUGUUUGUGAACGGGAUGAAGGACUUUUUAAGUAGUGUGUUCACUUUUGUUUAAAUAUACCAGGUUGCAUAGGCAUAUACGUUUGAAUUAUUAGAAGAAAAUGAUCCUUCCAACAUCCAAUAGCUGAUUUGAAAUGUCAACGGUCUACAUGUCACUGUCUACACUGUAGACUUCAAAAUGUACGCAAGAAAUUAACACACAAUAGGCUACUUGACACAUAAAGACACCAAAAGUGUAAUAUACACAUUCAUUUAUCAAGAUUAUGUCUUAGGACAAGACCAACAGGCAUUUGAUUUAUGUCCGUCUUAAAUGGCACCAACCUACUUUACUACCAACUGUGAUGUUGAUAAGCCAAUUCAAGCCAUUUCACUAUACCCUCUAGCGACACAGACUAGAGGGUAGAUGAAAUGUGAAAUGGCUCAAAUAAGGGUCCUUAAGGUUUGGACCUCGAUACUGUUAACAUAAUAUGGGCCUCUACAUAUUAUCUGCUAAUAUCUUUGUACAUGUGGUGAUAUUUGGAUUAUUAUAGCACGCAAGCUUAUACAUUUUUAUAAUUAAUUUCAAAUAAGAUCAAUGCAGCUCCAAUCCAAUUCAUCAAUGCAUGGAGAACCCUGAUUAGUGUAGGUGGUGGUGGGGGAGGAAAGAACUGUGGCAGCUUACACAUUGUAUACGACUUGAUGACAUGAAACACAGUGAGGAUCUAAACCUCUGCCAACCGCCAAACGUCUACAUUAAGCUUCUCCUGUACAAAAAAAUCAGCCUGUGCCAGUGGCGUAACAAGGCAACGACGGGCCCGUAUGCAUGAUG